GACCCGAGUUACAACUAAUGUCAAAGUACUCAGAACUCCCAGAUGUGGAGGUGGACGCCCAGGACUGUUUUGAAACGUCUGACGUGGACGAGGUGGAAUCGAUAGACACGUCAGUUUAUGAAGCGGAGGAGAAGGACAUAGACCAGUCGAAAGUUUUACCCGAGCAUGCUAGGUUGCGGUUUGAGAACUACCUCAUUGAUGGCUGUCGGGUGGAUUUCAGCGAUUCCAUCGUGCCAAAGAAAGGCUCCUAUGCCAGCGCGCACCUCGCGGAAACCCCUGCGCAAAAAUUGCUCAGAAUCAGAAGGGAAUUGGAAGAGCUAGCGCUUGUUCAGGAUGAGAGCGCUGUGCUAAAACACGAACUAGAGGGGUUGCAAUCUAUGGUGCAGAAAUUGAACCAAAAGCCCGUGGGUCCAUCCGUUGUGAGCUAUCAGCCGGAGUCUACACCAGAGUCCGGUGUGGCUCUCCCACCCAAACAAGGAAUCCAACUGGUGCAGGAAUUUUUGUUGUUGGAGUCGCGGUUGGCCAAGUUGGAAGCUGUUGUAGGCUAUGACUUUAUCAACAGUGAAGCCAAACAGUCAAUCCAGGCCCUAAUUAAUGAUCUUUCCAGAAAGAUCAACAUCCUCUACAUGGAGUCAGAGCUGCUAAAGGCUGACGGCGAGGAGAAGCGGUUUGCCAAGCUUCUUGCGUCGGUGGCAGAACUUAAUAAAAAGUCGGAAAUGAUCUACGCGAGAAGAAAUACCUCCGCUACCAUUUCCUCGCUCAUGGAUGGUGAGACCUCCCACACCGAGCCCCACACCGAGCCCCACACAGACCUCCACACUGCGCCCCCGGAAGCAAAAAAAUUGUUAGAGCUAUAUGCCAAGUUUCGGCAAAUAUCGCAACUGGACUCGACAACGCGGCAUAUCGUUGAUAGACUACGCUCGCUACAUGAGAUGCACACCCAAAUAUCCCAUUCUCUUUCCGUAUGCGAAUCCAUAAGUGACACGGUAACAGAUGUGACAGAGAGCAUUGACCAUUGGCAAGCUGCCAUCAGAGUUGUGGAGGAAAAGUUGGCGAAAGAGCAGGGUGUAUGGAACCGGAGCUCAGCAGAGAUACUCAGGAUGCUUGAAAAGCUCGAAACAAGAGUCGGGACUCUUGAGUAGGUAUCCUCCAAUGCACGAUUUGUGAUUCUUGUUGCGUGUUUGAGUUGAGGGUUUCCGAUCAGCAAUCGAUGGUUGACAAUACAACGCAGUGCCAAGCGAACGAUAGCUACUGACUCAGACGUGCGGAAAAUUCCAGGAUUGUAAGAUUCGUGCCCUCCGUUAACGUUCAAAUCAUUCGCAUGGGCCAGAAUCCGAGAGUGCGCGUCUGUGUGUUAGAUGCCCUCAUAAUAGUACACUCGGGUGGUAAUGCGAAUAAGUCACAGAGCCAACAUACCAACAGUCGUUAUACCGAGUUUGAUUUCCUUGGCAGGAGAAGAAUUAGGGAUACAUUGAUGGAUUUUCAAGUUAAAGUAGGUGAAUUUCAUUGCAAUCUAGGGCGUGCAUUUAGUUUAUGUCCUUUGCCGUAUGUUUAUUUCGUCAUUUUUCUCUUUUCCUGUUAAUCGGCCUUUUCAAACCAACAGAGUUAGGUUCUAGAUCG